UUUUCUUUGCCUGCGAGUAUCAUUUCCUCUUUUACAUACUGAUGAGGCUCUUCUUUAGGACGCUUGAUAAGUCUGCUGGGUUCGCCUGUUAAAGAAGACCAAAGAUACGAAUCCUUAUAAAAGUAAUACGAGUGCAGUUUGUUGCUGGCGUCGUCUUGUUUUCAGUUAUAAAGCCUGACAGUAUAUUUCACGUGUUGAGCUGUGGAGCUCGUGCAAGACGGCUUCAAUGCAUCCCUUCGUGUAUGCGACUGUAUGAGAGAGAGUGAAGUGAGUGUGUAGGUGCGACAGCAAUGUGUGUGUCUGUGCAGUAGGGUGUGUGAAUGUGAUGUCGGGAGACACCGACACCCUGUCCUGGAGGAGCAUGUCUCCCAUCAGCCGCUCAGAUUCCUCGGAUGCGUCUCCCACGGCGAUUGUGGCCAGGGAUAGCAUCCUCCCGGCGAAGAUCAUCAAAGUGUGUUUCCUUAGCAACAACUCCAACCUGGGCAAGAACUUCAAACUGGUCAAAUGUCAGGAGAACUGGACCGUCAGGACUGUCAUCAAUGCGGUGCUGUCCAGUGGCUGUGUGGGUUCAGAGAUAAAACACAACCUCUGCUACGGCCUCCUCCUCAAACACCUCAAGUCCUCGGAGAUCCACUGGCUGCACCCGGACCUGCCGGUGCCCGAGCUCACCCAGCGCUAUGAACAGCAACACCUCGAGGCUGAGUGGAGAUACGACCUGAGGAUCAGAUACAUCCCGUCAGACUUCAUGGAGAAAUUCAAGAACGACAGAACCACCAUGCUCUACUUUUACCAGCAGGUACGAAGUGAUUACAUGCAGCAGUACGCCUCAAAAGUCAGUGAUGGGAUGGCUCUACAGCUCGGUUGUCUGGAGAUUAGGAGAUACUUCAAAGACAUGAAUCCAAACGGACUGGAGAAAAAGUCCAACUUUGAGCUAUUGGAGAAGGACGUGGGGCUGGACCUGUUCUUCCCCAGAGAGCUGAUUGAUAGCAUGAAGUCUAAGCAGUUGCGUCGGCUGAUCCAACAGACGUUUCAGGGCUACUCCGCUCUGAACCAGGACCAGUGCGUGGCCAAGUUCUUCACCACUCUGGCUCAGUGCUACAGCUACACACAGGAGAGAUUCGCCUGCCAGCUGGUGCACAGCUGGAGCAUAACAAUAGACCUGGUCAUCAGCCCUGAGGGCAUCAGUCAACAAACUGAGAACUCAAAACCCGUGGCAGCCUUCUCUCAGGUGCACAGCAUCUCCUGCUCUGCAGAGAGUGACGGUCAGGCUCUGCUCACUGUGCACAUAGAGGGAGCCAAGCAGCCGCUGUCAGUGAAAACCUCCUCCCUGGCUGUGGCGGAGAACAUGGCCGACCUGAUCGAUGGCUACUGUCGACUGGUCGGCAGCUCUGAGAGCUCGCUCAUUAUCAGACCCAGCAAAGGGAGAGACGCAAGACAGAAACUUCCUGACAUCCCAAAAUGUGGUGGCCCCAAAGGUCCUGAUAGAGGUUUGAGCUCUGAUAUUUAUGCUGAGAUCCCAGAAGGCAAAGCAGUCUCUGCUGACAAAUACAGGAUAUGCAGAGAUGACGUGACCGUGGGUCGGAUCUUGGGCGAGGGAUUCUUCGGGGAGGUUCAUGUUGGAGUUUAUAAAAGUCCAACCGGGGAGAGGAUCCAGGUGGCCAUCAAAACAUGUAAGGACUGUUCAGCAGAUGUAAAGGAGAAGUUUCUGAGUGAGGCCGGCUUGAUGAAAAACCUGGAUCAUCCCCACAUCGUGCGUCUGAUCGGAGUCAGCGAGGUCGAUCCGGUCUGGAUCAUCAUGGAGCUGUAUGAGCUUGGAGAGCUGGGGCAGUAUCUCGUGGAGCAGCAGUACGUCCUGAGUGGAGCAACAUUAAUCGUUUACUGCCUGCAAAUCUGCAAAGCCUUGGCGUACCUGGAGGGCCUCAACAUGGUGCACAGAGAUAUAGCGGUGAGAAAUGUGUUGGUGGCGUCGCAUGAAUGCGUCAAGCUCGGCGACUUUGGCUUGUCCCGCUACAUUGACGAGCAAGAGUACUAUAAAGCCUCAAUUAGUCGAUUACCAAUCAAAUGGAUGGCGCCCGAAUCCAUCAACUUCAGACGCUUCACAACAGCCAGUGAUGUCUGGAUGUUCGGUGUGUGCGUGUGGGAGGUCUUCUCCAUGGCCCAGCAGCCGUUCUUCUGGCUGGAGAACGGGCAGGUGAUCAGUCAGCUGGAGACGGGAGCUCGACUCCCCAAACCGCAGCUCUGUCCGCCCACCAUCUACUCCCUGCUCAGCCGCUGCUGGGCCUACGAGCCGCAGGCACGGCCCAGCUUCAGCCAGCUCGUCUGCUCCCUCAGUGAGAUCCACAGGAUGGAGUUGGAGCGGGAGCGGGGUGUGAAGUUGGACAGGUCGCACGCCAUCCCGCCAGCAUUUAACUCCAACCACACAGACCCUCCGCCCAAGCCAUCCAGAGUGCAAGGCAACACGCUUCCUCGGGUUGCACACAAACAGGCACCAGAGAGGGAUACCAGGCCUGCGUGGGAGAAAGAGAGAGCUCAUGUGGAGAACACUUUACAAAGACAAAGAAGAGAGAUGCAGAUGGAUAAACAGUGGCUGGAGCAGGAAGAAAGACAACUGGAUCCCGUCGUGCGGCUGGAUUCACCUGUCAAGCCUCCUGAAAAAAGCCCAGAAAAUGGUCCUCCAGAGAAGCCUCCGAUGCCUCCUCCAGUCACACAGACUCGCCCCACAGCCGAGCUGGACCGAUCGGGUGAUCAGGUUUACACCAGCGUCAUGCUGAUGGUGAAGCAGGUGGUCCAGCUGAAGAAUGAUGUCAACACACUGCCCGCCUCCGAGUAUCCCACCGCUGUCAAAGCAGUGGGCGUCACUCUCCGCAGCCUGAUUCAAAGUGUCGAUGAGAUCCUGCCUUCUCUGCACUGCUCGGUCACCACAGAGAUCGAGGGCACCAAGAAACUGCUGAACAAGGACUUAGGGGAGCUGAUCAAUAAGAUGCGACUGGCCCAGCAGAACUCGGUGACGUCGCUGAAGGAGGAGUGCCAGCGGCAGAUGCUGGCGGCCGCUCACACUCUCGCCCUCGACUCCAAAAACCUGCUGGACGCUGUGGACCAGGCUCGGGUCAGGGCCAACCUGGCCAAGCCCACACUCGACUCUCGAGAUGCAGGAGAUUCGAGCAAAUGAGAAGAGAGCAGUGAUGUUCACCGCUGGUUGAAUGGACUGGUUUAAAACAAGGACAUGGAGUUCAGGCUGGCUUCAACAAAAGCUCUGUUCAUGCUCUGUAUUCAUGCCAAAUAAAAUAUAUCAUAAUAUAUUAGUAUUUUGAUGGUGAACAAAUCAAACUUCAACAGUGUAUAGAAGCAAAAACAUUUGUACUGUUUAUUCUUUACUUUUUUUUUUACUAUUAAAGAGAAUGACAUUCUGCA